AUGGCUCAACGCCACGCCAAUGGCCAGCUUGCAACCGACAUAUCUAUCCAAGACCCAAAGGCUCGAGUACAAGCUUAUAUCGAUCUCUAUAGGCGUAACGGCAUCGACGAAGAGCCCUUCGACAGCCUCCUCAUGCGCACCAUCCGCGUGACCACAGCACGAACCUGCGAUCUGGUGACCGAAGGCAUGGCGGCGCAGUGUACUUUCGAGCUCGAAGUCUUGUCUCAGUUCUGCAACCGAAUGGGCAACAUGCAUGGCGGCUGUGUGGCCUUGUUGGCAGAUAUGAGCACGACCAUGACCACGGCGCCGGUUGCGAAGGAAGGGUUUUGGGUGUUUGGAGGAGUGAGCCGGACGUUGAACGUCACUUACUUGCAGCCGGUCAAGCAGGGGGCAGUGUUGGAGAUUGAGUGCAUGCUAAGGAGCAUAGGCAAGCGUCUUUCCACAACGCAAUGCCUCAUUAGGGAGAAGCGGACCGGGAAGCUGCUGGCUAUGGGAGAGCAUGGAAAGUCGGCCUUGAGUGAUCAGCAAAUGGGUCAAUCGCCGCCCGGAGCAUCCAAGCUGUAA